CAGGUCGUUAAACCACUUUGCGAACUGCUUCAUCCCGACAUUGAAGGCAAAGCAAAUUAUGAUGCGCUGCUUACUCUCACUAACUUGGCAAGUAUGAGCGAUUCUGUUCGGCGCCGUAUCUUGAAGGAGAGAGCAGUGCCAAAGAUCGAAGAAUUCUGGUUCAUGACUGAACACGAGCAUCUUCGCGCAGCUGCAGCGGAGCUGCUUCUUAACAUGCUCUUUCUGGACGAAUUUUUCAAGGAUACUGUCAGGAAAGGUACCGACAAACUAAAGCUUUGGGUCCUUUAUGCAGCAGAGGAGAGCGAACGUCUUUCGCGUUGUGCUACAGCUGCUUUUGCCAUUCUAACAGAAGAUGUGGACGCGAAUCGUAGGAUUUUGGAUGAAAUCAAGUCAUGGCCUGAUAUUUUCAAGGAGAUCGCUAUGCGUGAAGACCCUGAAUCUCAAAGGCGAGGUCUUAUGGGCAUCGCAAAUAUAAUGGAAAGUGAUGAGAAACUUUGUGCGGAAAUUGUCGCGUCCGAGAUUUUCCGUGUUCUCGUGGCCAUAACAAAACUUGGAGAGAAGAACGAGGCGAGAAAAGGCGCCACAGAACAGGCGAAAAGAGCGCUCGCUGCUGCUGAGAAAUUUGGUCUUAUCAAGCCAACUGACCGAGAGCUUUAUGAACGAACAAAGCAUGUUUCAACGAUCCCAGAGGAAUAG